GGCCUAAAGCUGGCUGGAGCGGCCGGAGGCAGUGGAGGCGCUGCGACCUGAGGUGUCCCGCGAGCCGCCAUGAGCGCCCCGGCCGUGCCCCCGGGCCUGCAGCUGCCCCCGACGCGGAGGACCCAGUCCGCCUUCAGAGAGCAAAGAAGCCAAAAACUCAAAGAACAUCUGUUAAAAAGAAAAACAUUUUUUUUGUACAAACAGGAAACUCAGGCAUUUUCCAGCAGUAAUGGCCAGAGCGUGAUAACAUCUGAGGGUUCAGUCCAUGCAGAGACAAAAAUUCUGAAAACUAAAACAAACAUGGUUGAUAAAGAAAAUGUUAGUAGACCUACAGGGAGCAGAAAUAAUAUAACAGUGGAAAAAAAUUGUGUCCCUUUAAAACCCUCUAAUGAAUUGGCCAGUUCAACUACAGCAAAUGAUACCCAUGAUUCUGAGGAUAGCAGUCACACUCUACAGUUGUUACCAGUUAAAGAUGACCCCCAACGUCAACACUUGACAUUAAGCCAAGCAUAUCACCUUAAAAACAAUAAUAAAAAGAAACAAGUGGUGACAGAAAAACCAAAGCAAGAUACUGAUGUGCCCAAGAAGCCUAUGCUGGGGUCUUAUCGUGGCCAAAUUGUUCAGUCUAAGGUUAAUUCAUUCAGAAAACCUCUACAAGUCAAAGACGAGAGCUCGGCAGCAGCAGAGAAACAUGCACUUGCUGUCUCCAAAGCCACCAUGCCUCAGCCUGGGAACACCAACAGGGUCGUGGGGAGAAACGACAGCGCCUCAGACGUGACAGCUGCCCCCAGAUGUGUGAGCACUGCACCUCACGACAGACAGCUCACGCGACCCCCUAUCAGAAGUCACCACAACGCCCAGGGAGCUGUGAAUCCCGGCCCCAAGAGAACCUCUGCCAGUGUGCCAGUUCAGAAAGGGCCUUGUGGAAAAGAGUGGCUGCAGUUAAAUGCAGUUUCAUCUGGUGUCAAAACCAGUUCUACUAAGGACGUAAAGAGAAAUAAGACACUGUCAAGAAGUACAACUUCGGAAAUUGUAGCCAGGCCUGCUUCGUCUUCUAAUACCAAACUGACAGAAAAGUCAAAAUCCACUGACCAGCACAGACACACUACCACAAAAGUGACCUUCAGUGCGGGACCAGCUAGGUCCAGAGAGACAGCAGAAGAGAGAAAAGCUCGUCUGAGUGAGUGGAGGGCUGGCAAAGGAAGGGCGCGGGCAAGGCCUCCUGCCUCGGGAGUCACCCAGCCUGAGCCCGGAGGGCAGGAGGGAAAGCCGGCCGGGUCCUUCUGGACUACCAUGGCGGAGGAAGACGAGCAAAGACUAUUCACUGAGAAAGUAAACAGGACGUUCGCUGAAUGCAUAAACCUCAUUAAUGAGGGAUGCUCAAAAGAGGAAAUACUGGUCACACUGAAUGACCUGAUUAAAAAUAUUCCAGAUGCCAAAAAGCUUGUGAAAUAUUGGAUAUGCCUUGCGCGGAUUGAACCCCUCACAAGUCCUAUUGAAAAUAUUAUCGCAAUCUAUGAGAGUGCCAUUCUGGCAGGAGCUCAGCCUAUUGAAGAAAUGCGACAUGUGAUUGUAGAUAUUCUAACAAUGAAAAGUCAAGAAAAAAUUAAAUCUGGAGAAAAUACAGAGGUUUGUGCAGCCAAGGAACAAAUCCCAGAAGUUAAACCUGAAGAUACAGGUAUCAAUGUAGAGUCAGAAAAACUGGACGUGGAAAAUACACAUCACAGAAAUGUGGUAUUUCAAGACUGUGAAAAAGAGCAAAAUGACAGAACAAAAGAUCCAAGCAAUGAUGUUAAAACUCCCAAUACAGAAAUCAGGGCAAGUUGCCUAAUUAAGUAUAACGUGUCUACUGCGCCAUGCUUGCAAAGUAUAAAAAAGAAAAUACAGUCUGAUGAAACAAAUUCUACAUUUAAAGAGCUGAAGUUUCUAACACCAGUUAGACGUUCUCAGCGUAUUCAAGACAAGACGUCUCAAUUGCCAGAUAUGUUGAAAGACCAUUAUCCUUGUGUGUCUUCACUGGAGCAGUUAACUGAGUUGGGAAGCAAAACCGACGCUUUUGUGUGCCGCCCUAACGCAGCACUGUGCAGGAUGUACUCGGAGACUGAGACAACAGAGGACAAAUAAGCUCUGAUGGGGGUCAGCGCUUCUGUAAUCCGG